UGGGUCUUCUUGUUUUCUCUCACUUUCACUUUUUUUUUCUUCUCUUCUCUCUCGAAAACAACAAAUUACUUUCAUGGAAAUCAUCGGCUGCUCCUGAGAAACACAAUCUUUCGUCCUUGCUAGCGUAGAAUACCCAGAGGAUAUUUCAUGGAGAAAACGUGAUUGUCUUAUAUUUUACCUAUUUAGUUUUCAAAUUCCCUUGUUUUCUGGAGGUGGAAACCUUCCGUUUUCUGGAAACUCCAAUUUCCUUGAAAGACUUUCACUUCAUCCUACAUUACUAUCAACUCUCUUGAUAUAUGGAGACAUUUCCACCAUCACUGCCACUGCCACCACAACAACAACCACCACCACAACCUCCAUCCGCCAAUACUGCUACCAUUAACACCACUUUUGCAGCCCCGAACAUCGUCAAUACAAUUCCUAUUGGUGCCCAUGAAGAAGUUCAAAAUAGCUUAAACCAUCCGGUUGCUAACCCCACUCCAACUGCAGGCCCUGGCAAUGGCCCCUCCCCCAAUCCUCAUCACCCACCAUAUGCUGAGAUGAUAUAUUCAGCAAUUGGAGCAUUGAAGGAGAGGGAUGGAUCGAGCAAGAGGGCCAUAGCCAAAUAUAUAGAGCAAGCCUAUAUGGGCCUCCCUUCUACUCACUCAGCCUUGUUGACUAACCAUCUCAAGCGCUUGAAGAACAAUGGUCUCCUCGUUAUGGUUAAGAAGUCGUAUAAGCUCCCUAAGAAGCCGUAUAACCUCCCUAAAUCAGAUUCUUCAGCUACUGCUUCACAGGCUUUGACUCUUCCUACCACUGGGACUCCUAGAGGCAGGGGGCGUCCUCCAAAGGCCAAGCUUAAUCCCAAUGCUGAUCCCAUUGUUCAGACCACUAUCCAGCCUAUUCUACAGCCAGGUGUCCAGCCUAUUAUGCUGCCCACUAGCCAGCCUGUUGCACAGCCCACUGGCAGCCAGCCUAUUCCACCGCAUGCUGUCCAGUUCAAUGUACAGCCAGCUUCCCAGCCAACCAUUCAGUUCAAUGGCCAGACCACCGCCCAGCCCCAAGUUCAGCCCAAUUCUCAGCCAGUGUUAGUUGCUCUGGGACUCAUGGAUGAGCCCAAUUCUGCAUCGGCGAAGAAACGGCCUGGACGCCCGGGGAAAGCUGUGAAUGUUGGAGUAGCACAAGGAGUGGCUGGGUUUGUCCCUAGGGGCCGAGGUCGUCCACCUGGUUCUAAGUCUAAAUUGGUGGGAAAUAGGCUGCCAAAGAAGAGUCCAGGGCAUCCUCGGAAGCCCAAGUCUGUUACGGGAGUAUUGGGCCCUAAGAGGAGCCCUGGACGCCCAUCUAAAGCAGAGCCCAAGACCAUGAUCAUUCCAUAUGCUACAAAUGUGCCUGUGGUUGGUGUAGUUGACCAAAACAGUAUUCCUAAUAUAUUAGCUGUUACUCCAAGGACCAGAGGGAGGCCCAAGAAGAAUGCUGUCCCGGCUGGUACUACUGCUGGUGUUGGGAUAAUAUCUGGGAAAAGGCGUGGUCGGCCGCCCAAGGUUUCUGGUCUCAACAAAAUAAAGAAUCGUACUGGUAGGUCUGUGGGGCGGCCCAGAAAGAAUGCAGUGAUGUCGACUGUAGCAUCUGAUUCCCUAGUUGCUGCAAAUGCGGAUCUCAAGCGAAAACUGGAUUACUUCCAAUCGAAAGUCAAGCAAGCUGCCGGCACGCUAAAGCCUCAGUUAACUCAUGAAAGUCCUGUUACCGCAAUCGCAGCAGUGCAAGAAUUAGAAGAGCUUGCUACACUGGACAUUAAUGCCCCACUAAGAGAUGAAGUUCAAAAUACUUUGCUGCAAAAUUAAUCCGAGUUUUAUUGAUCCUGUGUGCAAUGAUAUUGCUUCAUUGGUGCGGAUCUGGAAAAGCUAAGGGAUCUGUAAAGGAAAUAGGAUGGUAGAAAAACUAACUGUUUCUUUCGAUGAUGACCUCCUUGUCCAAGAUGUUUGUUGUCUGUACAAUUUAGGAUGACCAAUGACCUGCUCUCCCCGUCGUUUAUUGCAUUUUAGUUUAGCUUUAGUGCAUUUGAAAAGAAGUCUUUGAAUCACAUGUUUACAAGAUCACAGUGCAGGUUGAUGAACUGCUAAGCUUGGUAAUAUCCCAUUUCAAUUUAGUCCCAAAAGGUUUAUUUAC